AUGACAGAGCAGCCGGCUGUGCUGGCCACCUCAGAGACGGUUACUCCCUCUAGGGCCUCCCCAGAGGCUGGGUGUCGCUCACCAGCUGACUCUGGACCCCUAGAGGUCAAGACGCCAGCUCCAGCAGUUUCACUGGGGAACUCACCAGAGCAGUCUCGGCUCUCAGCGCCCCCUGAGAGCUCAAGUGAGUUCACCCGUCCGCCUCCGUCCUCUGCUGAGUGUGUUGGGGAACACAUUCAGCCCUCUGAGGUCUGCAUCCCACUGUUGCUGCCUGAGUCUAGCCAUGGUGCUGCUCAGUUCCAACCAGUGUCCACACCGGCAGAGGUCUGCGUGCCUGCUGCCUCAGUGUCUGUUUCCACUGGAGGCCCGAGGCCCGUCCAGUCUCAAGCCACGUUAGCUGGGGGUUUGGAGGAGCCCAACCAGCUUCAAGUGUCGUCAGCUGGGGGUUCGGAGGAGCCCAGCCAGCUUCAACCGUCCCGCUGCCGUCAGGUCCAGCUUCUGCUGCUCCGCCGCCGCCUGGUCCUGCCUCGUCGGACUCGUCCCACGCCUGGUCCUGCCUCGUCCGGACUCGCCCACGCCUGGUCCUGCCUCGUCGGACUCGUCCACGCCUGGUCCUGCCUCGGCCUCUGUGUCUUCGUCAACGCCUGGCCCGGCUUUUGCUCCGCCAUCGGCUGGCCCAGCUCGUCCUGUUCCGCCUCGCCUCUGCCGGCCGCUUUCCAGGCUUCUAAGUUUGCAUCAUGGCGUCGAGGAGGCGACCUCCGGACAGGGUUCGUCGCCGCCGCUGGCAUCGCGGCCGACCUCCGGAUCUGCUCAGUGGCCGCCACUGCCUUCCACGUGGCCGGCCCCCAGAACUGUUUGCCCGUCGCCGCCGUUGCCGCCACCACCAUCGUUCCCAUCCCAAAGAAGUCCCCAGCAUCCUGCCUCAAUGACUACCACACCGUCGCACUCACACCCAUCAUGAUGAAGUGCUUCGAGAGGCUUGUCAUGAGGCACAUUAAGACCCUGCCGCCAUCCACACUGGACCCACUUCAGUUCGCCUAUCGCCCCAACCGGUCAGCAGAUGACGCCACAGAUACCACCCUACAUCUCGCCCUCACCCACCUGGACAAUAAGGACACAUAUAAAGUCCAGAUUGGUAGCAGCAUCGCCAACACCACCAACAACACCAACACCACCCCACUGAGCACCGGAGCCCCUCAGUUCACUGCUGUUCACUCUACUGACUCUCAACUGUGCAGCAACCACAUCAUCAAGUUCUCCGAUGACACGACUGUGGUGGGUCUCAUCAGCAAGAACGACGAGGAGGAGGAUGCUGAUGAUGUCUGUGUUGAAGAGGCUUUGGCUGAGAAGCUGAUGAAGAUUUACGUCCUGGAGAACCAAGAUGGGUCACUCAAACCGCGUGAUGUAGAGAUUGUUAUUGAGGACAUAACUGUCCUCAGGAGCCAGAAAGAGGAUGAGGGAGUCUUGGAGGGUGAAGAUAAAGAGGAGAUGAGGAACAGAGAAGCAUUUGUGAAAAUCACACUGUACAUCCUGAGGAAACUGAAGGAGGAGGAACUGGCUGACUGUCUGCAGAUCAAAAUAUUUGCACCACAUUUUCAGCACGAAUUCAAAUCUUCUCUGAAGAAGAAGUACCAGUUUCUGUUUGAGGGGGUUGCCAAAGCAGGAAACCCAACCCUCCUGAAUCAGAUCUACACAGAGCUUUACAUCACAAAGGGAGGGACUGCAGAGGUCAAUGAUGAACAUGAGGUCAGACAGAUUGAAACAGCAUCCAGGAAACCAUACAGACCAGAAACAACAAUCAGACAUGAAGAAACAACAAUCAGACCAGAAGACAUCUUUAAAGCCUCAAUUGGAAGAGAACAACCAAUCAGAACAGUGCUGACAAAGGGAGUGGCUGGGAUUGGGAAAACUGUCCUAACACAGAAGUUCACUCUGGACUGGGCUGAAGACAAAGCCAACCAGGACAUCCAGCUGAUAUUUCCAUUCACUUUCAGAGAGCUGAACAUGCUGAAAGAGAAAAAGUUCAGUUUGGUGGAACUUGUUCAUCACUUCUUUAUUGAAACCCAAAAAGCAGGAAUCUGCAGGUUUGAAGACUUCCAGGUUGUGUUAAUCUUUGAUGGUCUGGAUGAGUGUCGACUUCCUCUGGACUUCCACAAAUCUGAAAUGCUUACUGACCCUACACUGUCACACUCAGUGGACGUGCUGUUGAUAAACCUCAUUAGGGGGAAUCUUCUUCCCUCUGCUCGCCUCUGGAUAACCACACGACCUGCAGCAACCACUCAGAUCCCUCCCAGUUGUUUUGACUUGGUGACAGAGAUCAGGGGGUUCAAUGACCCACAGAAAGAGGAGUACUUCAGGAAAAGAUCUAGAGAUGAACAGCAGGCCAGCAGGAUAUUCUCCCACAUCAAGACAUCACGAAGCCUCCACAUCAUGUGCCACAUCCUAGUCUUCUGCUGGAUCACUGCUACAGUUCUGGGGGAUGUCCUGAAAACCAGAGAGGGAGAGAAGCUGCCCAAGACCCUGACUGAAUUGUACAUCCACUUCCUGGUGGUUCAGGCCAAAGUGAAAAAUGUAAAAUAUGAUGGAGGAUCUGAGACAGAUCCACCCUGGAGUCCAGAGAGCAGGAAGAUGAUUGAGUCUCUGGGAAAACUGGCUUUUGAGCAGCUGCAGAAAAGAAACCUGAUCUUCUAUGAAUCAGACCUGACAGAGUGUGGCAUCGAUAUCAGAGCAGCCUCAGUGUACUCAGGAGUGUUCACACAGAUCUUUAUAGAGGAGAGAGGACUGUACCAGGACAAGGUGUUCUGCUUCAUCCAUCUAAGUGUUCAGGAGUUUCUGGCUGCUCUUCAUGUCCAUCUGAUCUUCAUCAACUCUGGAGUCAAUCUGCUGGAAGAGCAACAAAAAACAUCCCAUCAAUCUGAACACAUCUACAAGAGUGCUGUGGAUAAGGCCUUACAGAGUCCAAAUGGACACCUGGACUUGUUCCUUCGUUUCCUCCUGGGUCUUUCACUUCAGACCAAUCAGACUCUCCUGCAAGGCCUGCUGACACAAACAGGAAGUAGCUCACAGACAAAUCAGGAAACAGUUCAGUACAUCAAGAAGAAGAUCAAUGAGAAUCUGUCUGCAGAGAAAAGCAUUAACCUUUUUCACUGUCUUAAUGAACUCAAUGACCAUUCUCUUGUGGAGGAGAUUCAACAGUCCCUGAGAUCAGGACAUCUCUCUGCAGAUAAACUGUCUCCUGCUCAGUGGUCAGCUCUGGUCUUCAUCUUACUCUCAUCAGAAAAAGAUCUGGAUGUGUUUGACCUGAAGAAAUACUCUGCUUCAGAGGAGGCUCUUCUGAGACUGCUGCCUGUGGUCAAAGCCUCCAACAAAGCUCUACUGAGUGGCUGUAACCUCUCAGAGAGAAGCUGUGAAGCUCUGUGCUCACUUCUCAGGUUCCCAUCCUCUAGUCUGAGAGAGCUGGACCUGAGUAACAACAACCUGCAGGAUUCAGGAGUGAAGCUUUUGUCUGUUGGCCUCAAGAGUCCACACUGGAAACUGGAAACUCUCAGGCUGUCAGGCUGCCUGAUCACAGAAGAAGGUUGCAAGUCUCUGGUCUCAGCUUUUAGCCUCAACUCUUCCCAUCUGAAAGAGCUGGACCUGAGCUACAAUAAUCCAGGAGAGGCAGGAGUGAAGAUGCUUGAGCAGCUAAGACUGGACACUCUGAGGGUGGAGCCUGCUGGAGUCCGAUGGUUGACACCAGGUCUGAGGAAGUAUUCCUGUCAACUCACAAUCGACACAAACACAGUGAACAGAAACCUCAAACUGUCUGACAACAACAGGAAGGUGAUACGUGUUUUAUCGAUUCCAUUAUAUCCUGAUCAUCCAGACAGAUUUGACUGGUAUCCUCAGCUGCUGUGUAAAGAUGAGCUUGAAGGUCGCUGUCAUUGGGAGGUUGAGUGGAGAAGAACGGCUUGGAUAUCAGUGAGUUACAGAGGAAUCAAAAGGAAAGGAAGGAGUGAUGAGUGUGUGUUUGGAAGGAAUGAUCAGUCCUGGAGUCUCAGAUGCUCUAAUGAUGCUCAUUCUGUCUGGCACAGAAGCAUAAAAACGUCCAUCUCCUCCUCCUCCUCCUCCUCCUCUGUCUCUAACAGAGUAGCAGUGUAUGUGGAUUGUCCUGCUGGCACUCUGUCCUUCUACAAAGUCUCCUCUGACACUCUGAUCCACCUCCACACCUUCAACACCACAUUCACUGAACCUCUUUAUCCUGGACUUGGGUUCUGGGCUCCAUCGGACGGUUUGGCAAAGGGUAUUAUCGACAUUUAUGGCCCUCCUUUGAAUAAACUAUUAUUUGACUUUGAGUCAGUGACUCUGUGUAGUUAGUGUUCCCCUGUUAGAGAAACAGUUCAGUCUGUACAUAUUUAUCUCUUUCACUCAGAAACACAUCAUGAGAUGUAUGAAAGAUCCUGAUAUUUAUUUUCAGUACAUUUAGAAUGAUGAAAGAACUCAACUUUGGCAUGUCAGUGGUGGCAUUUGGAGAAUUAAAUCAUCCUUUAGAAACUAGAUAUAAAUAUUAUAUUUUCCAACAUGAUUUUUUCCUGUGGUACAGAUGACAAUGAAAAGAUAUAAAACAGUCUGCAAAUCAUAAGUUAUUAAUUCAAAUGAUUAUUAACACCACAAGAGAAGAUUUCCUGUUAUUUGUACCACUCACUUGGUCAUGUGAUCUGGUUGUGCACUCCAUCAUAACUGACAUCGCUUUCUACUUUGAUAUUUUCAUGGUAAAUAGACUGAUUCUUGUUUAGAACUUUUGUGCACACAUUCAUACUCUGAUGGAUGAUGGAGAGGGUUAGUAUCUUGCUCAAGUAUAUUUUGCAUGCCAACUGGAGCAGCCAGGGAUUGAACCACCAACAUCCUGAUCAUUAGAUGCAUUGCUCUGUCUCCUGAGCUAUAACCAGCCAUCAUCAACGCUCUUUCUUAAACCCUCUCUGAGAGAAUCUCAAACAUGAGGAAGACAGGGAAGAGAGUGGACUCAUUAGUAAAAUGAAAAACAGCCAAUAUUGACGUUUAAGACAAGUGAGGUAACAGAAAUACUAUAUAUAUGGCAGUGGUCACCAUGGCAACAUCAAUGUCGUUUGCUGCGUAUUGUAUUGAUUCUAAUCCUGUCAGCCACA